UAAAGUUGAGUCCAAUACACCUGAUUCAGUAAAUCGAUUCCAUGCUGGUGUUUGUGUACUGGGUCAAAGAGAGUAGUCUGGCUACAACCAGACAAAAAUAAUCUGGGUACAUUUUUUGAUCUCGAGCAAAUCACUGCAUUAGCUGCACACAAGCACCCAAGCACCCAUCCCUGGUAGAAUACUUUGUAAUCUGAACAGAUAAUUUCACCUUUAUACUAACUCACUAAGCUGCAACUUAAAAUGAGCUUCCUAGACUGUGUCAUGUCUCAUCAAAACCUACAGCCUGAGCAUCCACUAAUGGGAGCCUCUCAGGGUUGUAGGUUACCCAUGAAACCUCCCUCCUGUUCUCUGUUCUUUGUGGGAAUAUUGUGGCUCCUGGCGACUAUCGUGACUGCAUACUCUUGCCCUACAACCUGUCACUGCACAGACAGGAAUGGCGUGGUGGUGCAGUGCACCUCGCGCAACUUGGAGAUGAUUCCCCCGGACCUGCCCAAGGACACCGUCGUUCUGCUGCUCUCGUCUAAUCACAUCAGACACGUCACAAAGGAGGCCUUCGCAGACCUACACCACCUGAAGGAGCUGGACUUAUCUCACAACGCCAUCGAGACUGUGGAGGCCGGUGCCUUUCAGGCGAUUUCAGAGGGUCUACGCUCCUUGGAUCUUUCGAACAACCACCUCACUAGCCUCCCUAAGGACGCAUUCGCCAAGCUCCAUGCUCCCGUCCGGCUCUCCCACAACCCCUGGCACUGCGAGUGCUCUUUGCAGGAGGUGCUGAGAGAACUGAGGCUAGACCCAGAGACAGUCAACGAGGUCAGCUGCCACACAUCUGUGCAGGACGAGUACGUGGGACAGACAGUGAUCCAGGUCCUGGACUCUGGCAUCAACUUUUGCAACUUCCACCACAAGACGACAGACGUGGCCAUGUUUGUGGCCAUGUUCUGCUGGUUCUCCAUGGUGACAGCUUAUGUCAUUUACUACGUCAAACACAACCAGGAGGAGGCCAGGAGGCACAUGGAGUACCUGAAGUCACUGCCCAGCACCUCCUACAUCAGCAAGGACUAUGACACAGCCAGCAGUGUGUUCUAGACUGAGUUUGUAAAGAACAAUUCCACAAUACCAAUGAAUACAGACGAACAUGCACCUGUGAAUACAGAUGAUGCACCACCGAAUAUGUUUACAGCAUAUAGGAUACACUGAUUGCUUUACAGCAAGUGAAAAAACCUUGCUCUGUGAAAAAUGCAGCACCAGGACUUUAGGAAGAGGUUUUGAAAAAAGUCAUUACGUACUGGAUAAAAAGUCACAGCACAUUUUGUAAAAUUGUACAUUUUUAGCGAUGUAACUCUAAAUGUAUGACCAUUAUUUUUCACUCUGUUAUGUAUAAAAAAAGCAUCUAUGAGGCAAUUUUACUAAAAGGAAAUAAUUGAAAAACAACGACACUCAUUUGUACAGUACAUUUGAUUCAUGUUGGAAAAAUUAUAGUCUGACACUAAUGUUGAUAUCAUUUGUAUGAUCAACAGUUUGUACUUACUCAGU